AAAGGCAAAUUGACGCCGGUGUUGUUUAUGAGAGUUGCCGAAAUACCAUUUAUAACUAUCUACGAAAAGCAGUAUUUCAUUUAAUUUAAACUUCAAAAAUGGUAGAACAUGAUCACAGUGAACUCACUCCUGCUGAAGCUGAAUUGUACGAUAGACAAAUUCGCCUAUGGGGCUUGGAAAAUCAAAAACGAUUGCGAAACUCGAAAAUUCUGAUCGCUGGCUUGAAUGGACUAGGAGCUGAGAUAGCUAAAAAUAUUAUUCUUGGUGGUGUGAAAUCUGUAACAUUCCUCGAUCAUCAAAUUGUCACCGAAAAUGAUUUUGCAUCGAAUUUCCUUGUUCCACGAGAUUGUUUGAAUAAAAAUCGUGCAGAGUCUUCAUUCUCGAGAGCUCAAGCUUUGAAUCCUAUGGUUGAAGUGAAGAUUGAUACAGGAUUACUUUCGGAUAAAGGUGAAGACUUCUUCAAACUUUUCGAUGUUGUUGUCAUUCUUGAAUCAACAAUCGCUGAACAAAUUCGCAUCAAUAACAUUUGUCGUGCAAACAACAUUAAAUUUUAUGCAACUGAUAUGUGGGGAAUGUUUGGAUUCAGUUUCAUUGAUUUACAAGAUCAUGAAUUUGUAGAAGAUGUCGUGAAACAUAAAAUAAUUUCUAAACCGAAUGAGAAGAUAAAGACGGAAAUCAUCACAACUCCAUCAAAACGUUCUCUCAAGUAUCCUUCACUUGAAUCGGUGAUCAACUUUGAUUACAACUCUCCAAGUUUCACCAAGCGAAUGAAGAAGUCUGGUCCAGCUUAUCUCGUCAUGAAAAUUCUUCAAAACUUCCGAGAAGAUGAAAAACGCGAUCCAAUGCCAAGUUCUCGUGAAGAAGAUAUCAAUAAGCUUCUCGCAAUUCGUAAUGGUAUCUCGUCAGUUGAAAUUGUUCCUGACAUUUACUUCGAGCAUGUCUUUGCUCAAAUUUCUCCAAGUGCUGCUAUUGUUGGUGGUGCUGUUGCUCAUGAAGUAAUUAAAGCUGUUUCUCAAAAAGAAGCUCCACAUUUCAAUUAUUUUUUCUUUGAUGCUAACAAUUCAUGUGGGUUCAUUGAAACAAUUGAAUAAAUUUUAAUCCCAUUUUAAGAUUUUCACCGAAUAAAACACAAAAACAUUUCAUUAAAAUUAAA